AUGUUGGAUACUAUUGAAAGUUAUAUCAAAAAUCACAAGGAAAAGGAAAACCUUUAUGUUAAGAAAAACGUUUCCAUUAUUGGUUCUCCUCUUGCUGCUGGUCAACCUCUUGGGGGUGUGCAAUUAGCAUGUGAUGACUUGAGAAAAUUAGGUUUACAUAAUGUUAUAGAUAUGUUAGGCUGGAAAUAUGAAGAUAUAGGCAAUGUAGAGAAUGUAUAUAAUGAAAUGAAACAAGAAAAAAAACAUAAUAAUCAUAUUAACCAUAUAAACCAUAAUAAUGAUAAUAAUAAUUAUAUUCCUAAUGGUGUAAUUAAAGAAAAGAAACAUGAAUUGUCAAAUAAUAAAAUGAAUGGACAUGUGAAUCAUAAUUUAUAUGACAAUUAUGAAGAGAAUAAUGUAAUAUCACCAAAAGAUAAGUAUCAAAAUAGUUGUUAUUAUGAUAAUAUAAGGAAUGUAAAAGAAAUUGGUAUAUUCAAUAAAAAUUUAUUUGAUACUAUGAGCAAUGAAUUAAGAAAAAAAAAUUUUGUAUUAAAUAUAGGAGGGGACCAUGGUGUAGCUUUUGGUAGUAUCCUAAGCUCAUUACAAAUAUAUGAAAAUUUAAGAGUUAUAUGGAUAGAUGCUCAUGGAGAUAUAAACAUACCAGAAACAUCUCCAUCUGGUAAUUAUCAUGGUAUGACAUUAGCACACACAUUAGGGUUAUUCAAAAAAAAAGUUCCAUAUUUUGAAUGGUCCGAAAAAUUAACAUAUUUAAAACCAGAAAAUACAGCUAUUAUAGGAAUAAGAGAUAUAGAUGCAUAUGAAAAAAUUAUUUUAAAAAAAUGUAAUAUUAAUUAUUAUACUAUUUUUGAUAUAGAAAAAAAUGGUAUCUAUAAAACAAUUUGUUCAGCAUUAGAAAAAAUAGAUCCAAAUUCAAAUUGCCCUAUCCAUAUUUCUUUUGAUAUAGAUAGUGUUGAUAAUGUAUUUGCCCCAGGAACAGGUACUGUAGCUAAGGGAGGAUUAAAUUAUAGAGAAAUUAAUUUAUUAAUGAAAAUAUUAGCUGAAACAAAAAGAGUUGUCUCUAUGGAUUUAGUUGAAUAUAAUCCAUUUCUUGAUGAACAAGAUCAAAAAGUUCAUGGAGAUGCAUUACCUAUAUUAGAUAAUGCAACAAAAACAGGAAAAUUAUGUUUAGAACUUAUAGCACGAGUUUUAGGAUACGAUAUAGUCUAA